AUGAUAGCCGUCAGUAGUCUCAUAACUCUCAUUACGACACAGAGCAGCACUUCCCCCUCGACAAAGCCCACGAGCACCGCAGCGCUGCAGAAUUCUCUGACCUGUUCUUUUGAGGAAAAUCUCUGCGGAUGGUCAACGGAGACCACGGACGCCUUCCAAUGGCAGCGUGUGAGCACUGUCCCGGCCUCAUCGCAUAAUAGCAACGCGCAGCCCGAUACCGAUGGGUUCUUCUUGUUCGCGCAAGGCAGCACAUUGACCGCCGCCGAGCGAGCGCACUUGGUAUCCAAUUCCAUCAUACUGCAGGCGCGGGCGAUUCUGCGCGUUUAUGUAUACGCCACCGCGGCGGCGGGUGAUGGGAUCUACGUCAAUCUGAAUUUUGCCGAUGGGGAACAAGUGACCAUUUCACGACAGAUUCUGGGCUCGAUUACCUUCAACAUGUGGGCUCCGUACAGCGUGGUGCUCGAAACCCUCCACAGGGAGUUCAGCAUUGUGAUUGGAGCCGGAGUGAUGAGUGUCCGCUGUUUCGGACUAGACGAGAUUACCUUAGCGCCGGAGGGCGAGUUCAUUUGCUGUGGCAGCCCAAUUUUGCUCGCAACGACCCCGCGCACCACCACCGAACGCACCACACCCGGGUCGCAGCCAGCUGUGACCGACGCUAACGACAGCAGCACCGCUGUUGACACCGUGUCCAGCCCGCUGCCCACAACCACAGUUUCCACGACAAUCAGUACCUUGACCUUAACGACGCAGCCAGCAGUUGUCCUGUUCACCACGCCUCCCCACACGACCAUCCAAGAGACAAGCAGCUCAGCACAGUCAACCACAGCUACUUCCGAAAGCUUUUCCGUUAACCCGACGGCUGCGGCGUUUGUUAACCCUAAUACCACCACAGUUACCGACACCUGUAACAUCGGAUGUAGCAGCGCUCCUUUGACAUGUCGCUGUCAAAAAGGCGUGGUUAGCAUGGACGAAACGGACUUCCAAACCACGGAUGCCGUUGAAACAAUCUUUGCUGGGGACAGCACCUAUCCAUGCCGCACACAUCUACGUAACCUGCAUUUGUGGCUUCUCAAAACGGGGGGAGUGCCCAGCGCCCGCUCCACUAAUGUGCAUCUACCGACGCUGGUCACGUGUGCGAAAGGUCAAUUUCAUUUCAGUGAGGAAGAUCCCGACGCGGUCGAGUCCAGCAGUUUGGUGUUUCGCAUGGAGUCUGUCGACUUGAAAUGUCGGAAUAUCUUUGUUCAGUUCUUAAAACGAAUGGCAUCUCUGCGUAAAUAG